AGGGGAAAAAAAAAAAAAAAAAAAAAAACUCGAUAAAUAUAUAAAGAGAGAUAAUAUUAAUCAAAAGCGAACAAUGGAUGAGGAGGAGGGAGAGGAGGAGGAGGAGGAGGAGGAGGAGGAGGAGGAGGAAGAAGGAGAAGAGGAGGAGGAGGAGGGCGAAGGUCAUUAUGGUAGAGGAGGAGGAGGAGGAGAAGAAGAAGAAGAAGAAGAAGAAGAAGAAGAAGAAGAAGAAGAAGAAGAAGAAGAAGAAGACAAUAUGAUUAGGGGUGGCGGGAGGACGACGAGGAGGAGGAGCCAGGAGGGGAAGGAGAAAGAAGAGGAGGAGGAGGAGGAAGGAGAACAUGUGAAAGACGUGAAGGAGGAGGAGAGAGAUAUGUUGGAGGAGAAGGAGAAGGAGGAGAAAAAUAUUGUAGAGGAGGACGACGAGGAGGAGAGAGAUCUGGCGGAGGGGGUGGAGGACGAUGAAGAAGGAGAAGCAAAGGAGGAGGAGGAAGGAGAACAGGUGGACGAGGAGAAGGAGGAGGAGGAGAGAGAUAUGGUGGAGAAGGAGGAGGAGGAGAGAGAUAUGGCGGAGGAGGACGAUGAGGAAGAGGAGGAAGACGAGGGAGAGGAGGAGGAGGAGGAGGACGAAGGUCAUUAUGCCGGCGAGGAGGAGGAGGAGGAGGAGGAGGAGGAGGAGGAGGGCGCAAGAGAUAUGGUGGUGGAGGGGAAGGAUGAAGAAGAGAAGGAGGAGGAGGACGAGGAAAAAGAGGAGGCUAAGGAGGAGGAGGUAGGAAAACAGGUGGAAGAGGAGAAGGAGGAGGAGGAGAGAGAUAUAGCGGCGGAGGAGGAGGAAGAGGAGAGAGAUAUUGUAGAGAACGAGGAAGAGAAGGAGGGAGAGGAGGGAGAGGAGGAGAGAGAUAUGGCGGAGGAGGAGGAAGAGGAGAGAUAUGGUGGAGAACGAGGAAGAGAAGGAGGGAGAGGAGGGAGAGGAGGAGGAGAAAGAAGAAGGAGAAGAGGAGGAGGAGGACGAAAGUCAUUAUGGCGCGCUGCAUUAGGAGGAUGAGGAGGAGGGAGAGGAGGAGGAGGAGGAGGAGGAGGAGGAGGAGGAGGACGGGGAAGAAGGAGAAAAGGAGGAGGAGGAGGACGAAGGUCAUUAUGGUAGAGAAGAAGAAGAAGAAGAAGAAGAAGAAGAAGAAGAAGAAGAAGAAGAAAAAAAAAAAAAAAAAAAAAAAAAAGGAGAAAAAGGAAAAGAAAAGGAAGAAGAAGAAAAUAAAUUGAUUAGGGGUGG